AGGAUCCAGUUCUGAAUCAAUUAUUCAAUAAGUAAUUGACUUGCUUCAGUUAGGAAAAAACUGUUUAAACUAGAAGCCCCAGACUGGAAUAUAUAAUUAUUAUUAAUAUAAUUUUUUUUUAAUUCUUUUUUUUUUUUUUUAGCUACGUGUCAAAUGGAAAUAAAUGUGGCUGUCGUAAAGGAAAAAUACAGGUGGUAUUGAUUUCAAUCAUAAUGGAAAACAAAAACCCUGAAACUGAAAUAAAAUGAAUCCUCCUCUGAUUUUUAAAUAUCUACCAAUACCCCUGCACUCCUAACAUGACGUGCCCUAAAGUCUCUUCCAAACAUGGAAAAGCCUUACAGCAAAAAGCAAACAUUUGAAAUAUGAACAAUACUUUUUCGUGUUUAGCAUAGCAUUAAUGCAUGUCUAAAUUUAUUUCUUGAUUUCCUGUAAUGUUAGUGUGACUAGAGAUGAAUCCAAAGACAUAAGUUCUUCCUGUAUGCCUUAAUUAAUUUGUCAGGUAUUCAUAUAUACAUGUAACUCCUCAGGCUGUCUACAUGUCUACAAUAACAUUUCUACAAUAUAUUUAAAAAAAAAAACAGUUAUCUGAAGACUCAGGUCAGGCUACCAGAGCCUUAAAGUCAGUGACAGACUUUAAAAAGGUCUGAUUGUAUCCUUUAUUCUAGAUCGAGCUUAUUAUAAAAGUAUUUUAAUCACAAAUGCAGAUAAGCAGUUGGGUAUAGUGAAAAACAUUGUCACAUUGGUGACUGUGGGUUCAAAUGUGAGCUCACAACAUACUGCAUGCAAAGUCAUGCAGCUAUGUUUGUUUGUACUUACAUUCAGAUGUCUGAGGUGGAGGAGCAGAUGAACAAUCUGUAUCAAUUUAAUGCGAUGGAAAGAGCUGCAGCCCUGGUCCUGUAGCUGCACCAUGACGACCGCUGUCAGGACUGGGAUCUGUCCUCCGCCGCAUGGGACUCAUUUUGUUCCUCUCAUCCUCCCAUUGUUUCCUCAUGUGUCUAAAUCAGUAAGAGAUCAAAUGUGUUUUCACUCCGUUUUAAUGUUCAUUUUUAGCCGGGGCGUGUUCUGGCACCUGGGGUAUCACAUGGAGGAUGAAAGGUGAGUAGCUUUGAGGGGAAAAUUGAAAUGAGUGUGUGCGUUUCCCUCAUUCAGCUCUCUCAGCUGUUCUGAGUUCAAACAUUGUUGGAUCAGAUCACAGCUCAUAGCACAACACUGCACCGAGAUAUUUAACUUAAGUUUAUUUUUAACAGCAGACACUGCUAUACACUAGAAAACUGAAUGCUUUUUUGUUUUGGGUUUCUCUUUUUUUUUUAAAACUUCCAGCAGUCACUCUGUUGUGUGCUGUUCUCUGGCUCUGAGUGAAGCAAUAAUGAAUGUGAUAACAGAGGCUUCCUCUCGUAGCCUUUCUUCUUCCUCCAUUCUCUAGCACACCCCCGCCCAAAGACUUUCUGACAGGAAACUUUGAUGUCAGCCUUUGGAGAAAAAACGCUUUGCAGACAGAAGAAGAAGGAAAAAAAACUUGAAUCAAAUUUAGAAGUCCUUCUCCAUGCCACUCUGUUAAUAUUAGCAUUGAACUCCUUUUGAAAUGCCAUUAUUAUUUAACCCACCCUGUCUGUCACCUGUGUGUUUUAUAAAGGAGAGAAGCAAUAGGAACUUGUCCCAGAACGCUGAUUAAACCAGGUAGGAAAUGAGAUUGCAUUUAAAAGCAGGUAGCAAUACUGAUGCCACUUUAAAUUAAGCUUUAAUUCUGUGGGCAGCAGCUGGUAGCCACACUUUCAGUAUUCACUGCUGUAGGGUGCAGGCAGAAAAUGAAGAGGAAUGGAUGAUAACAGAACAAAAUUGUCUCAAUAUAGUUUCUCUAAAACUCCGAAUAAUUCUAACACAGCUCAGCCUAUACUCAUUGCUCUUCUUCUGAAGAGGAAGAUGCCUGCUCUGAUUCACUGCUUAAUCAAGCAGCAGAAGGCUCUCUAGCGUCUUGUGGCUUCUUAAUUCCUUUUUGCAUGUCUAUCUAAUGUAUAGCCUUAAAAUCACAAUAUAUUUUUAAAAGAUAUCCGUGUCUGUGAGUUACUGUAUGUAAUCACACUUACUAUUUGUAACUACGCGUCUAUGGCUGCACCAUGGAGGCGCAUAGAAUUAAACAGCAGCUCUGACACACACACACACACACUCAAGACGCAAAAUCCGAGCAGCAGAAUGAAGUGCUGCUCUUGCUUUUACUCCAGAACAGAGAAAAUUUUAAGCUAAUGUAUAUUUGGGUUUUGAAUAAGCUUCCGCCCGUGGCCGUCAGUCUUGAUUUAGACUAAAUGAAUCCCGGUAGAGUUGUAAAAAAUAAAAAUGCCCCAAUCAUGCGCCUCAGACGCAUGGAAAGGCGUGCCUCAGAAUGCGCUUAAAUUUAAGUCUGUGCAGCGGUGAAGGACACAGUUCGCUUUGGAUUUACACCUAGCGAGUUCCUCCAGAACACAAGCUGAUGACGAUUUGGAUAUGAUUUUAUUUCGCUGACAUUCUCAUAUUCACACAGCGACAUUUUUUGCUGAUUUGAGUCGUAUUUGCACCUGGAGGACGGAGGAAUUGUGCCACAUUGGAGCUUUCCGGUGCGCGUCAGCGGGCGACACAAAAGACUACCCACACGCAAGGUUCAGCCGUUUCCUGAAUACCCAUCCUCACGUGGCAUAAAUGAGAUAUUAACAGCUGGUGAAUUUAUAACCUGUUCUCACAGAUCCUAAUAAACCCAGAAACGUGUUUUGUGGAGUCUGUGGCCCUGAGGCGCGCACAAAUCCCUCUGAUGUGGAUCUGUCACACUUUGUCAGUCUUUUAAAUGGCUAAAGCCGGAAAUCUUCUUCCGACUGGACUCUAUUUGAGGAGUUAAAACUUUUCCUGUUUGUGUCUCGAACGACGCUUCCCACUUCUACACCAAUUAUGACCGAAAACAAUGAGAUGGAGUGCGACUCGGAGCUCCAGCGCUCUCCAAGCAAUAUGCCCAUCCAACCAGUGACUUCCAAGCUCCAGAGACUAAAACGCUCAUUGUCCUUCAAGACCAUGAUGCGCAGUAAGAGCGUGGAGAACUUCUUCCAAAGGUCCUACAGCGAUGCCCGCCUGCCCCAGGAUUUCAUCACUGACCCGCCGCCUCCGUCCCCCCCUCUGAUGCCUGGCUCCCCACUUGUUGGUGACCGGUCACCAUCAAUUUCACCAUCUCGCAGUCCCAACCCCUCCAUCUCCUCCCACUCGCCCUCACUCAGCCUUUCUCCAUCACUCCCCGCCAAGCCUCCCCGACCCCAGAUUACCCACUGUUUCCAGGACCACAUCUUUCGAAAGCCCACCAACUGCCAGCAUUGCAAGCACAUGAUAGUAGGAAACUCCAAACAAGCUCUACGGUGUAAAACGUGCAAGAUGGCUGCUCACCUGUGGUGCACCUCAGAACUAUCGCAGCAGCCGUGUCAUGGGAAGUCGGGAGCAUUCAAGCGAAACUUCAGCUCGCCGAUGCUCGUCAAUGACCAGUUGGCUGUCGUCAAGGAAGUUCAGCCAAGCCAAGAGGCACCGCGGAUGCGAGUAGACCCUGUGUAUGCCGCCUUGCGCUACGGGACGUCCUUGGCACAGAUGAGUCGCUCCAGUUUUGGCAGUUUGUCAGAAUCACCAACGCGCAGCUUGGGGGAGGGAGGAGAGGAGAGGCAACAGAGACAGUCCAGCAUGGAGGAAGAAUUUACUCAGGAGACAGGGGAUGAUCCUAUCCCCGAGCCAGAGAUCGAAAAGGAGGUAGACGAGAGCAGCGAACAAACUCAGACUGCAGAGGAGAAGGUGCCCAAGCGCAUUGAAGUCCACUCUAUCCACACCUAUGUAGCGCUCUACAAGUUUCUGCCUCAGGAACCAAAUGACCUGGAACUACAUCCUGGUGAUCGGGUGCAGGUCACUGACGACUCUAAUGAGGAGUGGUGGAAGGGUAAAUGUGGGGACAAAGUUGGUUUUUUUCCUGCCAACUUUGUGCAAAGGGUCCGACCCGGAGAGAGAGUUUGGCGGGUUAUUCAGGGCAAUCCCGGCAACCGAGAGAGAGGACACAUGGCUGUGAGGGAAUCCCAGAUUUGUGUGGGGAAACGAGAAGAGGGUGAGGUGUUUCUAAAGCUGAGCAGUGGAAAGAAGAAAGGGCUGGUCCCAGCUGAUUCCAUAGAGGAGAUUUGAACCUUUGUGCACAGACCACCAUCUUUCCACAUCUACGUUCCCCAGGGAUGCACCCAUUUUAAAACUACCCCUCUUCUGCCUCAUUCCCCUGGCUAAACAACUGCUCCAGCUUCUCCAACUGGUCAGCCAAACACAGAAAAACUAAAAACAUAAUACACACUUCUGCAAGGAUCUGGAACCACAGCCCCUCAUAAACACAUGGUUUCCAGCUCAGCUGGUUGAUUGUAAGCCUUUAAUGGAGGGGGCAGUUAUGCAAUUGCCCUGCUCUAGUUCUCUUGUAGGUUUAUCUUUUCAAAGCCAAUAAAUCGAUGUUUAGUAGACAAGGGUGGUCAAAAAUGCUUUAAAAUGUCUGCUGGAUGCCAGCUCAGAUUUAGUUUUUCCUCAUCAAAAAGACGUCUACCAGCGUGGGAGGAGGCUGAAUCCUGUCAUGGGAACAUGAUGCUUCUAUCAGUGUCCUUUUCUUGUUUCUACCCACUCCGUGUGUCUCAUUCCUAUCUGCUAAUUUCAGGGUCUCUGCCCUGGGGACUGAUAUCAGCUUCGUGUAGACUGCUACAACAAUAGGCACUUGCCAAGAACAACCACUGCCAGCUAUGGAAAGCUACUGCCAUUUAGACAGACGGCAGGAUAAGAUGAAAGGAAUACACCAGAUCUGAAAAUUGUCUGUAGUUUCUGGCUGAGUUACGACUGCACUCAAUGAUUUGACAGUGCAAAAAGAAGAGGUUUUUCACACAAAAAUCAAAAACUGAUUCUUUUCAUUAUGAAAUGACAAUUAAAGUAUGCUAUAAAAAUUGUCCAGCAUCUUUUAAUUUCUGGUAUGAAAGUCUGUCAAACCCUGUGAACAUCACUAUCUACCCAAAGACUCAGAGUUUACCUUUUCGACUAUCUUUAAAACAAAAACAUGAACUCCCAGGAAUUGCCUGAAAAUUGUUCCUUUCUUUUAAGUAAAAUUUUAUAGAUUAUUAUGUCUGUCCACUUUUGAGACACAGCUGUGUUUGUCUACCGUCCUUAUUCUGUUGUGUUACUAUUUUACAAACAGAUGAGGUAAAAGAAAUCAAAGCUAAAAGGGAGGCAAAUCUCUUUAGGAAGACUAAGGGGGUUGUUUGGGAGCUUGUCGUGAGCACUGAGGAAGAAAAAUGUCAACAUCUACCAAGUUUAGAAGUUACAAGUGGCAGAAGGUGUUCUGCUGUUUUUCGCAUGAAAGACCUCGGUGGGCAUAAACCUGCCGGUUUCUGCAGGGACCUGCUGAAGAGCCUCAGUGGGAUGUUGCAAGCGUUGCCCAGAAUUUUAACAUGUUCACUAGAGCUUGAAACAAGAGGAAAAAAACUGUAGGCAGUCUGCCUGAAAAACAACAGCACAAUGGGGUUCCUUCUGACCAUGACAAGGAGUUUCACUGACAGCUUAGAGGGACACAGGAAAACAGGAGGAGUAGGAGGCUGUGCAGUGAAAGGGAUGACACGAGUGCUGAACCGUUAUGAGUCAGUGUACAUGCAGGUAGUGUUGUACCCAUGGGUGCACGAGUCAUCAUUGAUCAAAUGUCAGCCUGUCAUCUCCAUCUUCCACUCCCCAUUUGGCCUCCUUUGUCCUUAUAUUAUUGAUGUGACUGGUCAGUUCUGACGUAAAGUCAAGCCAUUUUUUAAUACCAGUACAUUUUGGAUUGCUUAGAGUUCUACGCACUAAGUUAUUAUUUAUUUAAAAUCUUCUUCUUUUUUUAAAAAGUCCUUGUCCCUGAGUUUGCGUGUGGAAAAUCAGGAAUGUGAAAGAAAUCUAGAACUCAAGGACAGAUUGCAUCAUUUGAAUAAUAAAUUAAAACGCAUUUUAGUUCACCCAUCCUUUUCAGAGCACAAGGAUCUAGCUGAUUCCUUUUAGUCUGCAUUUUUUGUGGAAGCCUUUAGAAGCUGUGAUUUUUUCCUUUAAAAGCUUCUCUUGUCAUCACGGGAGUAGCACUUUAUUUUGAGUCAUUUGAAUAAGCUGUAAUUUUGUAGAUGUGUCUCCUUGAUAGUAAUACUGUAGAUGUUGUAUUUAAAAAUACUUCAACUGCAACUUCAAUUCACCAUCAAGUACUUCAGCUGGUGGACUUACGGUUUGUCUUUGUUGGCAGAGAGACAGCAGCAUAAACAAUACCACACUCCUGAAAACAUAUUCCAGGGGGAAUAUGUUGUCACAGCAUAACUGGAAGUUUGAUUUUACUCAUCUAAAAAUGUGCUAUCAUGAAUUGUGUCUAAUUUCACGUAGCAUCUACUGUUUACACCUUAAAGACUUCAAAAUGUUAAGUAUGUGUUUGGAUGUUUCCCAGAUUCGUUGGUUGGCCGCGUACCUCAAUAAAACAUCUUUACAAAACCUGGUCUGCCUGUUUUAUGCAUGAAGUCUGUAACAUGCUUUGCACAGUGAAAUAUUAAGGAUAUUCCACAGGAGUUGACAGCUGAUCAUUUACACGUCCACAUGACAAAUGCAUGUAGCUUUUGCUGUUUUUCUAUAUCUCUAUUCAGUCUUUUUUAGCUUAGAGAGAGCACAGAACUCCUAAACGAGGCCACUUUAAUGACAAGUUUCAUUGGCAUCCAUGCAUAAUGCACCAUCCUGCAGCCACAAAUACACUGCUGUGCAAAGAGGAAUGCCGAAAUGAUGCUCCAAACAACCGCAAUAUAAAUAGCACAUAACGGCACUGCUGGAGGAAGUGGAACUCAGCCUUGUUUAUUCAAUCACAGACAACUGCAUAAAUCAGAGGGCAAAUGAUGGCAUUUCUUGCAGAUAAAUCAAGGAAAAUGAUGCAGGUUUUUAACUUUUUCUGAUUUGGUGUUAUUUAGAGGGAAAAAAUUUAGUUUCUCAUUAAUCACACACUCACUCACUUGUGAAAUUUGUUUGUCUGCAUAGCAAGUUCAAACAGUUUCGGUGCUAGCUGAGCAACAUUUGGGUUCAUUUUAGUGUGUCACAGCAUAAUGCAGGAUUCAUACUGUUUUUU